AUGGACUGUGAGUCCGUCGCACAGUGAACACGUGCUCGGUCCACCAUAGCCUUGUGACUGACUUCUCAGGCGCCUCUGACUUCCACAGCUUUCAUCAACAAGGCCAAGGACUUCGCCGAGUCCGACCAGGGCAAGGGUCUCAUCGUGAGUAUUAUCGAGCUCGCAGGCUCCACUAGCUACGCUCCGCUCAACUCCACUUUGGGUUACUUGCCUUCGUUCACCUGGCCCGGCAGAACAAGGCUCUUGGCAACCAAGGAAACCAAGACAACCAAAACAGCUACGGAGGCAACAACGUGAGUUCACGAUGUCUCCACAGAACUUGCCAGUCGUCAUCGACUAAUCUUCGUCCCACUCGCAGUCUUCUAGCAACAACGACAGUUACGGCAGUGGUAACAACUCUUCCAGUACUGGUGGAUUUGGCUCUGUGAGUCGACGACUUGCUCACCAGUUAUUCUAAAUGGUGGUAGCUCACACAUAUGCCCAUCUAGUCCAACAAUGACAACAACGAUAGCUACGGCAGUGGAAACAAGUCGUCCAGUGGCGGCGGAUUCGGUGGCGUGAGUCGCUCUAAGAAUAACACGAUAUGACAGCACUUGACUGAGCAGUCUGAAUCUCGUUGCAGUCAUCGGACAACUACGGCUCCAGCGGUGGUCGCGACAACAACGACAGCUACGGCUCCAGCGGUGGUCGCGACAACAACGACAGCUACGGCUCCAGCGGUGGUCGCGACAACAACAACAGCUACGGCUCCAGCGGUGGUCGCGACAACAACGAUAGCUACGGCUCGAGCGGUGGCCGCGGAAACAACGACAGCUACGGCUCCAGUGGCGGAAACAACGACAGCUACGGCUCCAGCGGAGGUCGCGACAACAACGACAGCUACGGUUCCAGCGGAGGUCGCGACAACAGCGACAGCUACGGCUCCAGCGGCGGUCGUGGCAACAAUGACAGCUUCGGAGGAUCCGGAGGUAACUCAGGGGGCUUCGGCAGCUCUGGCAAUGACGUGAGUAACCCUCUCCUUGCGAUGCGGGCUGACCACGCACGGACAUCGCAGGCUGCCCGCACACAAGCGCGCCGCUGACGUUGGCCUGAUCGCCUUGCGACUUAGAAUUCCUCUUACGGUGGAAACUCUGGCACAGACAGCUACGGCUCUGGCGGACGUCAAGGAGGCGGCAACAGCGUGAGUACACCAGGCCGUACAGCGUGGUCCUGCUGCGUCUAAUUACCCUCGUCGCGUCCAUGUCUGACACACUUUCGGCGUCGCUCUCAGGACUCGUACGGAAGCGGCGGAAACGACAACAAUUACUGA